AUGUCUGUUGAUGAUGCAGUUGAACAGCUUUGGAAAAUGAAGGCUCGUCGAAGCCGUCAGAGAGAAUUGCGUGAUUUUGAAGAACGAAUGUUACUGGACAACCUUGAAGAAACUAACAGACGAUUGAAAGGUUCACCCCUGCCCAAAAAUCAUCGCAGACAGUUGCAGCUUUCAAAGGACAAGGCCAUUAGAGACAUGCAAAUUCAGUAUGAAAGAGCUCGAGAGAGAAAGUUUUAUGGUGAGCCAAGAAGAAGCUACAGAAAGGAGCCUGACCCAGCUAGAUACAACCCACAGUCUGAUCCCAAAGUCAGGCAACUGGCAGAGAAUCAUGGCCGUCAGAUGGAACAUUUGCAGAGCAGAAACAGAGAUUUGGAGCGACAGAGAGAAGAAAUUAGACGAAGGUUAGAAGGUUUAGGCCGCAGACCAGUCAAAGAUGAUGAUUCAAUGAAUGCAUUACUGCAAGAAUUGAAAGAACAGGAGGCUCGAAAUCAGAGAAUGCUGGAAGAAUUGCGACGAAUCUUAGCAGCUCAGAAUAUUCAUAUUCCGGUGACAGAGACAAAAAAGCAGCAGUACAUCUACCCUAUCUAUUAUGGGAACUCUCUUGUGGCAGAAAUCAUUGCAGUAAGACAAGCUUACCUACAAAAUGGAGGCAAUGAUCCAGACAUUCUUCAGCAGCUGGCUCAGAUGCAAGCAGAAGCUCAAGCAAUAGAUGACUCUCUACGUAACAGACCACCUCCAAAACAGAAAGAUAAGCAGAACGUAAAUCACCACUCUUUAUUGACCUUGGAGCUAGAAAAUGAGCGACUGCAGCGACAACUUUUGCUGUUGCAGGAACAGAACCUGCAAGCCAAGCAUCGGAGGAAAGAUGAUAGAGAAGAUGAACUUGAGAGAGAACUCAGGCGAAUGCAGCAAGAUCAUCUGCGUAAAAUGCACGAGCUGCAGAGAGAAAUUGAAAAGUUGCGUCACGAGAGUAUGCUAUUGAGGAUUCAUGAUCAGCCAUCUAAAAUUAUAGUGCAUCAACCACCACCAGUCCAGAUUACCUCUCCUGCGCCAAUGCCUGUGCAAACCCAGUUUGUGGAAGUUGACCGACUAGCCCCCUAUGACUAUAGUGCUGGAUUUGUCAUUUUCUAUGACUUUGUCCUCAAUCUGGAUCCUCGAAUAGCCGCAAUACGACUUAUAGUGGGGCUGCACAAUAGUCAAGCCAAACUUGGGGAACCAACAAUCCUCCCACUUGUGUACACAGAACCACCUGACAGGCAGUCUGCACACGGUACAGUGAAUGCUGUCAUAGGAGCCAGGCAACCAGUGCCAAGGUGUCCACCUCAACCUGAUCUGGGUAUAGUUGUGGAACUACAGGCAGCAGGAUCUGUGCCAGGCUCAGAACAUGACCAGUCUCGGCUGAUCACCAAGGCAUGGACUAAGAUUCCUUUGUUUGACAGCCAAGAGAGGCUGAUGGCAGGCCGUCAUAGAAUGCCUCUUCGAGCUGUCCCAAUAAAACCAUACAUUCCUAUGGAGGAGCUCAGUUCAGUCCCCCAGUAUGGACAGGCAGAGCUGUACUAUCGCAUCGUGAACAUGCGGGAUGCUCCCAGUCAGUCUAUGGCCACAAUAGCUGCAGUCAAUCAAGACAUGUACCAGAUGGCACCAGUGGGUGGCGUUGUCCUUACCCAGGUGGCUAUUACUCCUCCCCUUCUUUCCACACCCCCACCGGGUUCUCCAAAGGAUUACUCCCAUAAAGUGAGGAAUAUGAACAUGCCCCCGACACAGACCUUGAGUACGACUUCGGACCCGAUUAUCGGCUUCCAAGUCGACCGGGUGAAACACGCAGAGCUUGGUGAGGGAAAAGUCAGACUUACAGCAUACUAUCAUUCUAGUGGGAAGAUUGUCCAGUCAGCCACCAGCCCUGUUACAUGCAGUACAACAUCUGUCCGCUCCAACUUUAAGUUUAACUACCAUGUCUUUGGCCAGCAAGAAGCUUCAUUUCAGGAUGUGAAGAUGGGAGGAGACAUGCUUCUGAUAGUGCGCUUCUAUCUCAGGCGCCAGCUCAGUGCCCAGACAGAUGAUGUAGACCCAGCUGAUGGAGCAGGGCCUCAGUAUGGGGAGGAGACUCUCGUUGCAUGGGCAGCUAUUCCACUAGUGCUGCCCCUGCAGGGAGACCUCUCACCCCGUGACAGAAAAGAAUUCAAUCCUAGCUUCAUGAGAAUCAACACAGGCACACACACACUCAAACUCUUUCAACCCCCUGUCCCAGAACCCACAGACAUUCCGCUGGAUACCCACCACCAUAGGCAGCGGAACUAUAAACGUUAUGGAAAUGCCACCGUGCGAAUACAUAUCUUCCAUGGUCAGCCUCGUCCAGGUUCACUGACACCCAGCGAAUUAAGUGAUGAGGAGGAUAGUGUUUUACCGGAGUUUGCAUGGCUUCCCUUUGAACGAAAAUCUCCACCAGUUGAACCAUUUACAGCAGGUGAUGGAUUUGACAUUUACAUAGAUGGCUGCCGUUUCUUGCCGGAUUCCGUAACCUACUCCAGAGUUGCUGCCAGAAUAUUGGAUCGUAAAUAUGAAGUAUAUGGCAAGGAUAUUUCAACAAGUGUUAAAAUAGACAGUGAGAUUUACAAUCCGGUUUAUGAAUACAAAUCUGAAUUUAGAGAAGCUCAGGUUCCACCAUCUGCCACAUUGCUGUUCAAGGUAUAUACAAUAGACAACUUUUACAGAAAACUGACAGUUGUUGGAUAUGCUUGUCUGAAUGUCUUUGUGGAAUCAGGGACAGAAAGACAACCUCUUGCUGAUAAGGCUGGUUUGCAGGUGUCUCUAAAUGAGGGAGCACACCAGCUUCGAAUAUACAGUCAAGGUCCUAAUGGGGUAGACCCAUUUACAGAAAAGUGUUUAAGAGACACCAAUGUGCGCUACGUUCCUUGUGCCUCGCUUCUUGUUAGACUGACUAAAGUGCCCAAGGGACCCAAAGGAAAACCACUUGAG